GUAGACAUACUAUGUAUAAAUAUCAAUGUCACCAGAAGCAGAUUCAAAUCCAGCGCGCAUACUCAAAUUGCACUUACGAUUAAUUUCUCUACAGUGUAUGCACCGGCCGACACUUCUGACCAUUCAGGACUUUCUGGUGUUGCUAUUCCUUGACUCUUCAAACGUGGCAGACAGACACACAUCCUUUCAGACUGACAUAAAAACGUUCAUUCAGUGUAGCAGCGAGAUCUACAAUCAAAACAAUACGAGUCAGCAGAUGGUGAGAUGCUUGAUACAAGUACAGUGUUCAUUUGCUAAUACAUUCCUGUAGUGAACAUUUGACAACUGUGAACGGAAGUCGUUGAAAGAUCAAUAGUUUAGGGCUCACAUUUCAUUUGAUCUUUACUUAUAGUAGACAGCUCUGCCCAGAGUUACCAUGACCUCCAGCCCAAAUAAAAACCAACUUUCUGUCUCCAACAUUUCCAAAUCUCACUUCAGACUCGUGGUGAUGGGGGCGGCCCAGGUUGGCAAGACUGCCAUCAUCUCUCAGUUCUUAUACGAUCAGUUUGUGACGGAAUACAAGGCAACCAUUGAGGAGCUCCAUAGGGGAGAGUAUGACAUGAACGGAGUCCACCUGACGCUCGACAUUCUGGACACGGCUGGCUCUCAUUCGUUCCCUGCCAUGAGAAAGCUAGCCAUCGACACAGGCGACGCCUUUGUUCUGGUGUACUCGGUGGAUGACGAGGCCUCAUUCCAGGAAAUCUCCAACCUCAGACAACAGAUUCUGGAUGAAAGACCCGACAACGACGUUCCUAUCGUCAUUGUGGCCAACAAGACUGAUAUCGGGGAGUCCCGCAGGGCCAUCCUGCCCGAGACUGCCGAGAGCCUGGUCUGCCUGGACUGGGGCAAUGGCUAUGUGGAGGCCUCCGCCAAAGACAAUGUCAACAUCGUGGGCAUCUUCAAGGAGAUCCUGAAGCAGUCAAAGGUGCGCUACGAGCUGAGCCCGGCAGUACGAAGGAGGAGAGAGUCAAUGCCGUCUUCUACAGACAACAAGAAGAAAGGAAAGCUCGCCAAACGGAGGACACAGAGCGUCAACACGUAAAGGGAAGCAACAGCCUGACACAACAGCUUGCGAGAAUGGCCUCUAGAGAACCAGUGCCCGUGUUUGUGUGAGGACAAGCCGAGAACAGAAUCCCUGGGCGCCCGACCAACCUUCUUAUCAUGCUUCAGGUGCAAACAUCUCACAUCUUGGCGUUAACACUUCUUGACAGGUGCAAACAUCUCACAUCUUGGCGUUAACACUUCUUGACAGGUGCAAACAUCUCACAUCUUGGCGUUAACACUUCUUGACUGUAACAGCCACUAGGAGUGCUGUGGUUCCUUAAAAAAACAAACUCAUUUUGUUUUGCAAUCCAUUCAAACUUUGAAAACAGUGCCAACUACGAGUAGAGUGUGAAACUACUUGACUCCGGUUCUAUGUGUUUGUAUUUAAUGUCAUGAGAAAACUUUUUGUUUUUGGGAUGGAGUGUUGAUCAUUUUAUAGUUUGUUGAUCAAUUUGACAUUCUCGAACUUAUUCUAUCAAAUUGUGUUUACUUUUUGUUUAGUGUAAGACGAACUCUGAAAACUAAACAUUCACCGCAAGAAUUUAAAUUUUGUCCAUGCUAUAAAAACAUCCAUCGUUGACCAAAUUUAAAGUUUCUCUCUAACAUAACUUUCUAUUUAGAAUUUUGAUGUAUCAAUAGUGAUAACUUAAUCUAGUUUAAGUUUAUAAAAAAAUAUAUAGUAACACGGAAAAAGUUUGUUAAAAAAGAAAUUACAAUAUUAAAUGUAAACAAUCGUGACUUGAAAGCUAUGCAGUUCAAGCGUUUUCAUUCAAGCGAUAUGUGUCUGUAUUGUUGCGGUUACCCUAAAUAGUUCAAUACUAAUGUUUUGUACAUGUGUGUUUUUUUAUUUCAUUUUGGGGUUCUAAAUUUGAAUAUAUUUGUAAAUAAAAUCAUGUUUAUAAUUUGUCAACAUGACCUAAGAACAACACGAGUAUUUUUUUUUAUUCAUCGCUAUUUCAAAUUGAAACCAUAAAGGUUGUCCGAUUGUGUGGCAUGCGCUCUGGACUAGCGUCUCUAUGGGCCCCGGAUUCGAACUCCUGCUUCCCCCCCCCCUAGCUUGUGGAAGCUGCACAUGUGAGUGAGAAUUAUGUCGAGUGCUUUCUAAUGUUAGUGAAAUAUUUGCUUUGAAAGUUAACACGUCUUUUAUUUUCUGUCCAAUGUGUUUGUAUGCGUUAAGACAAAGAUAUCUCGAGAAUGCCACCAUUUAUGACGUCACAAGAGGGAAAUAUGAUUCGUUUUUAUAGGACAGUUUUAUUACAUCCCACACACUGUCAUCAGUCAGAUCUGUAAGAUUUCUUCACACCUCACGUGUGGUGCUGAUACUGUUUUCAACUUCCUUUUGUUUACUGACAUUGACACUAAAACUGAAAUAUGUAUUGCGUAUGUUUAUAACGCAUGCAAGUAUGGAAUUUUCCACGCAGGCGAGAUUAUGGAGCUACAUUGAUUACUAGAAAGUAGUUCUAAAGAACUUUAUGGACAUUUACUGUUAACAAUUUUUUUUUCUAUAUCUUGUGAUUGUUUUCCUUUCAGGUUCUUAAAUAGCAUAUCGGCCAUAGAGUUGAUAUGUUUUAUAGUCAUUGAAAUGUUACAUCUAGAGACGUCAUAUCUAAUUUGUGGUAUUCGUCCACCAAAGAAAGAUACAAGACGCAACCAAUCUGUCCACAUGUAUAUUUUAUACCAUUUUUUUACAAAAAUAAAAAAGAAAUAGUUUAAAAAAAA